AUGGCAGACCCUGAAGAUGAGGCUGAGACUUCACUGACCAAGUUUGUCGAGUGUACGCCAGCGCGGGGCACUUUGAAGGCGGACAAGGCGGACGCCGCAUCUGCUCCCGGCAGUGAAUCGGAUACGGCAGGGGAUUUUCUUACAGACGACCUCGGGGCUGGCUCACUGUGUCACAUUCCUACGGGAACGACUCCUCGGGGAUGGACUUGGGUUCGGGCCGGGUUCAGGACUGCACCCUUCCGAAAACCUGACAGCGAGAGGCGGACACGGGCGCCAGAAGAGGCUCCCAAUUCGAACAUUCCAUGUUUUUAUGAUGGCCCGCGAAGCUCGUCAGUCGACUGGGGUCAGCUUGGAGCCAAGUAG